UGUGGUGUGGUGUGCGUGGCGCAAGCAGAAGGAGAAGAGCCGAAAUGCGCAAGGCGAGAGGAGCGAAGAAAGCUGCGUCCCCGCGGGAUCCACACGCCGACAAGAAGCUCAGGGAAGCCCCAAGCGACCUGCUCAGAUGCGCCGAGGACGGAGGAGCGGCUCCACGCGCCAGGAAGAAGGGCUACAAACCCCCGGAUGUGAGGAGCAUAUUCAGGGCGCAGGGAAGGAGAGGAGAGGGACACGAGUUCAGAGAGGAGGCAUCAGCAGGAUGGUGCGAUGUGUGCUGUAACAUCGUCAUCCAGGGGGGGCUGAUGUGCACAGGUUGUAAGUACACCUGUCAUGCACACUGUCGUGAUCACGUGACACUCGACUGCCAUCAGAAUGGAUCUUCUAGUGAGGUUUCACUGAGUCCCCUCAGCCAAGACCAUCUCAACAACAACCAGGCCGCCCACAGUGAUGCUGAGAAGGAGAAAGAUCUCCGGACUCAUCUCAGUUAUGAGGAGAUCAGGCACAAGAUCGAAUUGUAUAACGCAGCCACGCGAGACCACUUUAAAAUGACACUGAAUCCUGACGGCUUGUACACAGGCUUCAUAAAGGUGCAGCUGGAGCUGCGGCGGCCCAUCACUGUGACGGGAGGAGUAGCAGGGAUGCAGGCAGCGGAGGCGUUUUAUUUACCGCACGGCUCUGUAAACACUCUGCACAUCAGCAGCUCCAACACGGUACAGCAGGUGAUCGAGGCUCUGCUGCGCAAGUUCACCGUGGCCGACAACCCAGCCAAGUUCGCCCUGUACAAACGCUUCCGCCGCGAGGACCAUGUGUGUGUAUGUAAGCUGUCAGAGGGAGAGCACCCUCUGCUCCUGCGUCUGCUGGCUGGGCCAAACCUGGACACACUCAGCUUCGUCCUCAGAGAGCAGCAGACAGGAGAAGUCAUGUGGGACGCUUUCUCCAUCCCCGAGCUGCACAACUUCCUGCGCAUCCUGGAUAAGGAGGAAGAGGACCAGGUCCGUGUGAUAACUGCACGCUACAACAUCUACCGAGAGAAGUUGGAGGAGGCACUCCGAGCGACUAGCAACCCUAAUUAACAAUGCUUUAAACACACACACAUACACACAGAGAGAGAGAGAGAGAGAGAGAGAGAGUGGACUGGUGCCUCAGGAGGCACACAGAAUGAACUAUGAGGUGACACAUCUCUCUCAGAAACUCUGACCUCCAGAGAACAUGUGGCAUUGCUCCUUUAUGUGUGUCACGCUUUCCUAGAGUGCCAUAUUCCCAUCUCACACACACUUUUUUUUUCCUGUUCAGUUACCUCGAACUUGUGAAUGAUGCAAGCUUGAGAAUCUGUUCUGUUUGAUUAUUUUAUUUAAUUGAUAGAUACUGUGGUUUGUACAUAUUUUUUGUUUUUAAUUUAUGUGGGGAAGCUUUGUUCUUUUUUUUAAUCUAUAUUUUAAGAGUCUUAUUUUUAAGAGUCAUAGCAACAAUCCAAAGUUAAUGAAUAGAGAGAAAGGCAGUAACAGCUGACCUGCAAGUCUCAUUUACCAAAGAAUAAGUAAAGUUGACCUUGUUCAGAUGGAAGUAGACCUGAUGCAGAUUUAGCUGAUAGUCUAAGUGAGCAUAAAAUGGUUCUAUUUUAAUUUGGGCCAGUUCUACGUCAGCACUGUGAGGAACGCAGACAAGCUGCAGUACCAGUGUUAGUAUUACCAGGCCUGUUGAAUGACUCCUCAUGACAGGAGACCAAACUGACAGUACAUUUGCUAGUAAAGGAAGAUUUUAGUGUUGGGAAUCCAGACGGAAAGCACGAUAUGUAGAAAUGUGAUCAUAAACUAUAAGGAAAGAUGAAGAAGGAAGACAGGAAGUAGGAAACGUCCAGUAAGAGGCAUGAGAAUGUCGAAUGAGUGAAAUUCUGGUCAAUAUGUUGGUUUUAAGCUAAGUUAGUUCAGAGCCUGCUGAAAAGACUUCUGAACUCCGAGAAGUUAGAUCAUGUUAUCAUUAGAGCAGAAGCAAUUGCAGGAAGUUGACAUAUGGCGAUAGAGGAAGUUGAACUGCAUUUAGAGGAACUGUCAUGUGCUGGUCUGGGAACAAACUUAAUGAAUACAGUGGAUCCAGUCCUCACGCUGACCUCAAGGGCUUGACUUGUCUUUGUUAGUGCCAAACGUCGGUUUAAAACGGCUGGUCAUUAUGUAUAAUAUCCUCUCGUUAUCAGAUCCUUUAAGAGAGAUAAGCAACAGAAAGAACAAGGCGUGGGCUGUUUGGCAGUGGUCUUUGGGGGGGAAGGGAUGUACCGUUGGUCCAGCUUUAAAAAGGCAUUAAACUGAGUGAAGAUUAAAGAUGCAUUCUGGAGGAUGUUCUCACUCUGCCAAGCUGUAGGCUAAGCGACUGUAUCGUAUUUCAGCUGCAGCUGUUCGAGAUCUCUGAUUGAUACUGUAAAUCUGUGUUUGGGGGAUAAGUUUUAAUCACGAAGCCUUGAUAAUAUACAUAACAGAAGUGACAAUCUGAACAGAGAGUUUGCAUUAUAUACCUAUAUCUCUUUUUUAGACACUGUUUAAUCGUACUGUAGUUCAUUCUAUGCAGAAAUCAGCAGAAAUGUGUCUUAAAGAGCAGACAAUCUGUCCGCAGGCUGUGCUACUUUGUCUCGGUGAACAUUUACACCAUGUUAAAGUUUUUUAAAUGAUACUUGUGUAUCAGUGGUUGAUUUGUUUUGUUUUUAUGUACCUAUGCAUAUUUUAUUAGAACAUGUUUCUGCUAGUCUGCAUUUUAUUGUCUUGCAGUCUGUUCAUGCAUUGAUUUAGUGGUGAUGUGGGGACAUCUUUUGGUCAUCUGCUGUAAUAGCACCUUUACUUCACAGUCCUUUUGCUCAUCUGUUGGUUUUUUUUUCUUCUUACUUACUUUAAAUGAACUUUUCUUUUGUUUAUUUUUAUAACCAAAGAUACAGUGUAAAAUUGCAUAUUUAACUUAAAUUUUGAGUCUAGAGAAUUUAGUGCCUGCUGCACUCACAGAGUUUGUAUUUCUCUAUAUUAUGGCCUGUGAGGUCGUGUCACCAGGGCUACACUUACUCCUAAACACUGGGUUAAAUAUUAUUUUAGAAUCAAAUGUUUCAUCAUUGCAGGAGUUUUUCAUCAAUGAGACGUUGAUGAUGAGCAGUGCGGUGGCACUGUUAUUCUGGAGUGAUUAGGUUAAGCCUGGGCUCCUGUAAUGUUAGUAGUAGUAGAUACUAAAGCAUUUUGGGCACUUUACAUUGUAAUUCAGGGAAGAGCUUUUAUUUUUGUCAGCUUUGGAUGCUUUUUUUUUUUUUUUUUUUUUUUUUUUUUUUAAAUAUAAAUCUUCCUUUACUAUACAACAGUAACUAUAUAUUUUGUUCACUGAAAGCAUAGGUGUGUCCCGUGGAAGUUUUCUCUCCAAACUUGAUUUUUAAAGAGCAAACAAGCUUCAGUAGUUGAGUAGUUUUGUAGAGCAAUACUGUGAACGUUCUAGCUGCCCAACUGCAUCAUGUUUUAUUAACCUGUUCUUUAAAAUCUCCACUAAGCGCUAUGUGUAUGUGUAGUACUACUAAAGAAUGUCCUGUAUAAAUGCAUGCAUUAUAUUAAUCCAUGCAUAUCGGUUCUGGCUGUGAAGGACAUCACAGGCCGGUGUUGCAGCACAUGACUGUUGAUUAUAGAGGAAGACACUUGUCUUUUAAACUUUUAAAGUUUUCAUUUGCUAAACCAGGAUUCAUGAUAGAGAAAUCGCAGUACCUUUUUUUGGCGACGUUUGCAGGUAUGCCUUGUGAUAGUCAAACAUUUAAAUGUCUAUUUUUCACUGCAUUGAAUGGAAUGUUGGGGGAAUUUGAACAUAAAUCUCAUAAAUCUCAUGACAUUUCCUACUGGUCAUUUCAGGCUUUCAUCCAGUCUAAAAGUUAAACCUGAUCACACCUGUUAAAUGAACAGAGCCAGUCUAUCCAGAGAUGUUUUAAGAUUUGCUAGGCUACUGUUAAUGGAAAUGGCUCAGAGAGAUCAGAGCUGUGAGGUGGACUGUGCCAAAUGCAUAUUGUCGUAAUAAAGAUGUUGUUUUGUGA